CCGCAGUAUUCAUAUUUGUUACAGAUUAUUCACAUUUAUUAGGAAAAAGUUACAUUUGCGAAGUCCCAAAAUCAUGGUUCAAUUGCAGAAUCAAUUUCUAGAAAAUUCUCCUGUCGCCCGCAACGGACCUAUGGUUGCCGAAGAAUUGCCGGAGCCCGACGUUCAAAUCAUCACCUCCGGUGGCAGGAGUAUCCCGGCGCACUCUAGAAUCCUGGCUUCGGCAUCGCCGGUGAUGGAGAGAUUAAUAGCACGGCCGCAAAAGCGCUGGAGCUCUGAUCGGAAAAUUCCUAUUCUUGGUGUUCCAUACGACGCCGUUACCCUGUUCGUGCAGUUUCUUUAUUCCUCCAAGUGUAAUGAGGAGCACAUGAAGAAGUAUGAAAUUCACUUGCUGGCAUUGUCACAUGUAUAUUUUGUACCACAACUAAAGCAGAAAUGUAAAAGGGGUUUAGCCGAGCGGUUGACUAUCGAAAAUGUUGUCGAUAUACUCCAGCUUGCUCGACUCUGCGACGCACCUGAUCUUCACCUCAAGUGCUUGAAAGUGUUGUCGAAUAAUUUCAAUGCUGUUGAGGAGACUGAAGGAUGGAAGUUUUUGCAAAAUCACGAUCCAUUGCUCGAACUCGAAAUUUUACAAUUCAUGGAUGAAGCCGAAUCGAGGAAAAAGAGGUCGAGGAGGCACAGAGAGGAGCAAAGUUUGUAUUUACAAUUGAGUGAAGCGAUGGAUUGUCUCGAGCAUAUAUGUACUGAAGGGUGCAUGAGUGUCGGGCCAUAUGACAUGGAUACGAGUAAGAACAAGGGUCCGUGUAGCAAGUUCUCGACCUGUCAUGGAGUUCAACUCGCGAUUAAGCAUUUUGCUACUUGUAAGAAGAGGGUUAACGGAGGGUGUUUGCGUUGUAAACGAAUGUGGCAGCUCCUUCGAUUGCACUCUUCGAUUUGUGACCGAGCGGAUGAAUGUAGAGUCCCUAUGUGCAGACAAUUCAAAUUGAAGGUCCAACAAGAAAGAAAACGAGACAGCACAAAGUGGAGAUUACUUGUGAGAAAGGUCAUCUUUGCCAAGGCCGUAUCUUCCUUGUCUCUUGUCGAGAGGAAAAGAGAAGAGGAGCCAAGAUUGACUAUGAACUAUUCCAGAAUGGGAGGCUUUGAACUCUAGAAGUUAGAUCGACCGAAUCAAACCACUAGUAGAUACACGUUUCCUUAGACUGAAAUGUUAAUUUUACUCUUAAUUUUCUGUUUUAGUCAUUCUUGCUUCUUUUGUACCGCUGUAGCCCCUUUUUUUAUUAUGGGAGGGGUCAGCAAUAAAAUAGGAUUGACCACAACAGAUCAAAAUAGAGUUGCGGUUGCUUGUCAAUUUACUUUUUCUCACUUAUUUUAUUUAAGUUAUUUAUUUUGCUUCUCCAA